CACAGCUCCUCCUCGGCUAACUUCCUUUCAGCAUUUUUUUGAGCUGGAUAAUCCUAGGAUUUGUCAAAGGGGGGAAAGGAGGGAGAGCGGGCGAGGGAGUCAGGACAGGAAGCUGGUUUCUCAUUCCUCUCGCUGUCCGACGACGGCAGGAGGAGGGGAAGGGGGGGAGCCAGCGAGGAGCCUUGCAUAGGCUCUUCCCCAGUCCCUUUCCAUUAGCCCGCUGGAGCUCCCACUCUCCUCCGAAAGCUGGGAGAAGGAAGACCAGAGCGGGACGCCUGCGGCUGGCAGCGGCGACAGCCCAGCUGACGAAACCCAGAAGGGUGUCUGUGAAGGGUCCCGGGACAGCCCUGAGGAACAGGCGUCCCCACCACCACCUCCACCAUCUCGACAGCUCGGAUGCGGGCACCCGUCCACCACAGGCUUCCCCUCGAUGCGAAGCCUUCCGGGCUCGGGCUAUGAUCGCUGCUGCUGCCGGCUGGGGAGCCUCCUCGCGCCCUGACCUUCCCCUGCUGCCGGAGCAGCCCAACAUCUGGUGGGGAUUAAUGUUGAUUUCUCCAGCUGGACGCCGCGUGGGACCCCCGAUGCUACCCCCUGGAAGCGGGACACGGGCGGUGGUCUGAGGAGAAGAGACAGCUUUUUGCCUCCCAGCGUGAGGCCGGGGGGAGGGGGGCAAGGCAGGAGGGGGGCAAACCUCUUUCGGGACUAACCUCAUGAAGAACAAGGGAGCCAAGCAGAAACUCAAGAGGAAGGGAGCCGCGAGCGCGUUCGGCUGCGACCUGACGGAGCAUCUGGAGAGCUCUGGGCAGGAUGUCCCCUAUGUGCUGAAGAGCUGUGCGGAGUUCAUUGAGACUCAUGGCAUUGUGGAUGGGAUCUACCGCCUCUCAGGAGUGACGUCCAACAUUCAAAAGCUGAGACAAGAGUUUGUUUCUGACCAAUGCCCGGACCUGACAAGGGAAGUUUACCUCCAGGACAUCCACUGUGUGGGGUCUCUCUGCAAGCUGUACUUCAGGGAGCUGCCCAACCCUCUCCUCACUUAUGAGCUCUACAAGAAAUUCACGGAAGCAGUAUCACGCUUCCCUGAGGACGAGCAGUUGGCACGAAUACAAAAUGUCAUCCAGGAGCUCCCACCGUCGCAUUACAGAACGCUGGAAUACCUGAUCAAGCACCUGACUCACCUGGCCUCCUUCAGCAACAUGACCAACAUGCACACCAGAAACCUGGCCUUGGUGUGGGCUCCCAAUCUCCUCAGGUCAAAGGAGAUAGAGGCUGUUGGCUGCAAUGGGGAUGCAGCUUUCCUGGAGGUGCGAGUCCAGCAGCUGGUGAUAGAGUUCAUCCUGAAUCACGUGGAUCAGAUCUUCAGCAAAAACAGAAAAGCCAGCUCUGCAGAGAACAUUGAGAACGCACCAGUUGUGAGAAAUCUGUCACUCCCCUCGGCCUCCCUGCCGAUGAAGCUGGUGAGCCUGGAAGAAGCGCAGGCACGGAGUCUGUCGGCCUCCCACCCUGCUCGGAAGGAGAGGAGAGAGAACAGCUUGCCUGAGAUUGUCCCUGUAACCGGCUCCCUCUUCCACACAGUUGUUGACCUCCCUGACAGCAAGAGAAAAUUAUCUACCAAGUCCAAGAAAUGGAAGUCGAUAUUUAACUUGGGCCGUUCUGGCUCAGAAUCAAAGUCUAAAUUGAGUCGAAAUGGGAGUGUCUUCGUAAGGGCACAGAAACUCUCUGAAAAAGCCACCAUUCGGCCUGCAAAGAGCAUGGACUCACUGUGUUCCCUGCCAGUGGAAGGGGAGGAUGAAAAGAGCAGAUUCAAACGGGCAGUGACUACUGGAGGGUUUUUUGUCCCGGUGAUGAAAAUGCGGACCGGAGGCACAGGCAGCUCAUACGACCUCAGCAAGGAGAAUGAGUGGGAGCGGGAAGGAUCUGCCAUGGGGGCAAAAGGAAGCUCAGAGCUGAGUGGGGACAAAGCUCCUUGCUGGACACCACAGGCAAAAUCACCCCCCGAGCAGAUGAAGGUCUUCCGAGCAGCAGAGGAGGCCGAAAACGAGCAGACUUCCCCUAAAGGCAGUCGCAUGUUCUACACCUCUGAAACAGCUGCCAAGUCGGGCUUUCCCAGCAGCCUCUUCCCCUUGGAGGCCUCCCCUCGGCACCAGAGGAAAGCCCUGAACAUCUCAGAGCCCUUCGCUGUCUCUGUCCCGCUGCGGGUGUCUGCAGUCAUCAGCGCCAACAGCACCCCGUGCCGCGUGCCCGCCAAGGACAAGCCUUCCCUCUCCAGCCUGGAGGAACUGUCUGCCCUGGUGCCUGAGAGCCCCAGCCCCUCGGCCCUGGAAGCAGGGAGCCACACGAGGAUGGAGCUGGCCCCAGAGAGGAAGGAGAAGUCACCGGGAUCUCUCCUGCCAACGGGAGCAGCCCGAGGUAAAGGCUCUCACCUCGAGGAGCUGGUGGCAGCUAGGAAACCUGAGACAUUAGAAACUGCACAGCCCGCAGCAGAAAAUCAGGAGAUGUUAUGUGGGCAGAGCAGCAGCACCAGCAGCAACAGCAGCCUCCGGCAAUCCUCAGAGCAAAGUCCCACCUUGGAGCAAACUCCAGCCUCAGAGGUUCAUACAGGGCUGCUCCCUGCAGACAAAGCAGAGCAAGGGCAGCUCAAGAUGAAGGACGUCUCCCCAGAAGGCUGCUGUGGCCAGCAGGAUAUCCAGAAGGCUAAGCCAGAGGAGGUGCCACGCUUAAGGGAUGCGACUGAGGAGGACCCUGUGAAUGCCCUUCUAGAACCGCUGUGGCCAGAGAUACAGCAUGAACUGAAAAUCAUUGAACCUGAAGAGGAGCUCUUGAUCUUGCCAGCAGCUGUCCCCAAGACAGGCCCAAUUUCUGAAUCUUCUUCAGCACAAACAAAUAGUCUUUCCUCUGGCCCAGGGCAAAGCCCAACCCUGUCUGAGCAGAAAUCUGCAAGUGGGACACCACAGACCACAGCUCAGGUGCCUUUAUUUGGUGCCACCAACGUGGAACGACCAGACAGCCACCACAGCUGCCAGUCUGAUGUGGCUGCACAGCAGAGCGCUGCUACAGCCCUACCCAAACCGGGUACUGUCCCGACUGGCGCAGCCGCCCCGAAGAACCACCACCCAGUGGUGGAGGACAGCAUGAGUGAAUGUCUCACUCCUCCCCUGGACUGGAAGCUUCAUAGUCAACCAGAAAUUAAUGAAGUUCCCCCAAUAGAUACAUUUUCUCUUUCCAAAGGAGCCUGCUCAGAGCCAGAGAAAGAAAAAAAUAGCACUUGCAAGCUGCAGAAGGAAAGUGAGGGUCAUACCAGAGUCCAUACUCAGAGGGAGAAGCCUGAAAUAAUGCCUGCUGAUGGAAGGGACAAAUUCUCCUCCAAGGAGCUGAGUGGAGCUGGAAUCCAGGAGCUGAAGGAGGGUAAUGCUGUUAGCAGAACUCAUGAUGCUGGUGAGCAGGAUGACGAGGAUACCUGGACAGACAACGUGCAGAGCUUAGAACUUGUGGAGCCAUGGGAGGAUCAUCAGUGGGUCACGAGCCCCCUCCACUCCCCCACCUUUAAGGACAUUCAAGAGAAGACAAUACCAGAGUUUCAACCACAGAGUCAGAGAUCAGAGACAGGCCUUUCUCUUAGACCACGAUUCAGUCGCAGCCUCUCCCUGGAUAGUAAAGACACGGUGAUGAGUCUGUGGACUAUCCCAUUCUCCUUCAUAGAUGCCCCUGAACAGCAGCAACCUUGCAGUGACAUCUUGCCAGCGUCUUGUGAGCUGCCCAAAACACAGCCCAUCUCCCCCUCUAGUUUGGGCAGAGCUAAGCAAGAUGAGAAUAGCACACGUCUUCCUGAAGAACUUCUGAAACCUGAAGAGCUGAGGUGUCCCCAUGACAGGGAGGAAACACCAGCUAAGCAAGAAGAACCCUCCAGAAUCCCUCUUUCAGAACCAGAGGAGAAAAAAGUGAGCAAAGAAAAUCCUUGGAGCUCAAAGCUCGAGCUGUCUUUGUCAUACCCAAAUACCCCAGACUGUUCUUUAGAGACAAAGAACACAAAGGAGAAGUUGCCCAUAUCUCAGGACACUGCCCUGGGAGGAGAUGCUGUUACCAAAGCAUUGUGCGCUGCCACUGAAUCAGGUCCAAGUAAUAAAGGUGAAGAAACACCUCAUAAAGUGAAGACUAGGCCAUCAUCCCUCAACUUGGAUACACUCCUUCCAGCCCCAGAUUUCUUUACUUUUGAGGGCCUGGCCAUGCCCUCUGCCACUGGGCACCACCUCUGUGGGAAGAAGGAAGUGAAAAGCAGUGACUCUGUCCCGUCCCUGCCAACUGCCUGCCCUGCUGCAGGUAAAGGUGUUCCCUGGGGAUCUCCUUUCAGUGCCCACGUGGAUCUGGACUUGGAUUACCUGGCAGUGGCCCAUGCCACCACCGGCCGUCGUAACUCUGCCCCAGUCAGUGUGUCAGCGGUCAGAACCUCCUUCAUGAUUAAGAUGUGCCAGGCUAGAGCAGUGCCUGUGAUACCGCCUAAGAUCCAGUACACCCAGAUCCCCCAGCCCCUGCAGGCUCAAAAUGCUGCUCCCCCGGUGGAGAAGAAGGAGGCAGAAGCUAAGCAGGCUGGCAGACAGGCUCAACGGGUGGCAUGGGGCCAUCUGGAGCCCCCCAAGAGCCCACAGACUGAGAAGAAAGCCAAGGCAGAGAAAGAGAACAGUGACCCAGCUCAAAAGGACUCGGCCUGCCCUUGGCAUAGCAGCCUGGGAUCUCCGCUGGAGCCAUCUCAAUCCAAUCAUAACCCUGGCCUGGAUGCCCCCGUUCUGCGCCGAAAGCGCACUUCUGAGGGGGAGACAGCUGAAGAUAAUCCACAGUCCUCGAAGAUGGAGAGGCCUUCAGGGUUCUCCAAGCCUUCCUAUAGAUCUAGGCCCGGAAGGCCCCAGAGUCUGAUUCUCUUCAGCCCCCCUUUCCCCAUUAUGGACCACCCCUCCUCUUCAGCAGACUCCAGGGUGCUGUUAUCACCCAUAAGGAGCCCCACUCAGACCACCUCUUCAAGCCCCAUCUGUGGCGAUCUGUCUGAGACGUCGCGGACAACGCCCGAGGGGGUGACACUGAGGAACAAAAUGACCAUCCCCAAGAACGGCCAGAGACUGGAGACUUCUACCAGCUGCUUUUACCAGCCACAGAGGCGCUCUGUGAUUCUGGAUGGACGAAGUGGGAGGCAGAUUGAAUAGCAACAGCCUCCCUUGCUCCUUGUCCAUGGUGGAUGGGAUGGCAGUGUCUACACCAAGACCAACUGUUUUCAUUUUGCUGUUGUUUAACUGUUUUGUGCAAGGAUCUUUUACCAAAUCUUUUACCAUUUCCUGCAAAGCAUUUUGCUAUGGAAGGUCAUAGGCUUUUUGUCUUGCUUUUCCUUCCCUUUCUCAACCCUUUGUAGUCCCUCACUGUCUUGCUUUUUUGUAAACCAGUCCCAAGGAACUUGCCUUUCCUCGUUCUUGUUAUCUAACAAGCCCUGUGGAAGUCUCAUCCUUUCUACUGAAAAAAAAAAAAGAAAAAAAGGAACAGGAAAAGUAAAUCUUGGAAUAACUGAAAAAAUAGAGUGGGGGGAAACUGUUCUAAAGUACUGCAGCCCAGGGUGCAGGGGCAAAACAUCUGCUGAGGAGGUAAGUUCAGAUGCUUGGAACCUCCUUCUAUCUUUUCCCAGCAGCCACUGAAGGACCAUGGCUGUCUGUCUCUGCUGUCUUGUUUGGAGAGUGUAAGUAAACAGCAUAGGAAGCCGGGGAUAGCUGAAGAGGAAGGUGAAGCUGGCAUGAGCAAGUUACAAAGGGUGUGAGCUACACAAAGAUGUUCCAGUGGCAAACAUGCAACCUGAGGGCACUGCCUCCAGCUUUUCUCUUGCAUCAAAGAUGUAAUCUUUCCACCAUGUGUAAGGUGGAAUUAAAGCUGGACUGGAAACGCCUAGUUGUUCUUUCAGUCUUCCAAGUCCUGAUUACGUUUUUUUAGUGCUCAGCCACACCUUUCUUUGGCAGGCAAGAUUUGUGUGGCUGGGGAAUGAGUGUCCAUUGAUAGACUUCUCAGGCUAGUAUCAAUGGAAGGGAAGAUACAGUCAUAACAAAGGCCAAUAUCAACAAUUUUCAUCAUCGCUUAAAGCCAGGUGACACCUCUGUAACUGUCUCCAGCUGUGCUCCAUACUGCUGACAGCAGAGAAAACCAAGAGGAUUCUCUGACCUGCAUGUCCUUGGGCUAUUGCCCUCCUGCACCCUGACUGACGUAUCUUUGACCCUUGGUCUUUCAUUGCCACUGUGUGGCAUGUCCCCAGGUGCUUCUUCCUCCUUCAGAUUUGUUGUUCCUCAUGAUUUUAUGUUGUUUCUUUGAGAGCAUGGCUGGCUUUCACCUCCCUGCCCCUCAAUGCUUUCAAAUUGAUUGAGGGUAUGGUAAUGAGGAUGCUUUGUGGGACUGUAGAACAGAUCGCAAACAAUAUCUUGAGGGGGGGAUUUGAAGUGAAUUAAACUCUCUCCUGAAGGGCCGUUAUCAUUACAGGCAAAUACAUGUUCAUAUAAGCAAUAGCUGCUGUGGGAAUAGAAUUAAAGCUUCCUUUAUAAAGCCUCUAACUCCAAGUUAACCGCAGGUUCAUCUGUUGCCUGGAAUGUGACGGUGGGCGAUUGCAAAGUCAGGUACAGCCCGUGCUGUUUCUGAGAUUUAAAUGUCACCAGUGGCUAGGAGGAGAUGGGAACACAGGUGUUGCUACCAGCACUGAGAUUGUCCCUGUAAUGGUGCUUGCAGGGCCCAUCAUUCAUGGAGGUGUACGAGUGUGUAGGCUCUCUGAUGGGUAUUAUGGGCUAUAGUUUGAGCAGUAACUGGGCAUCUGGUAGGAAGUGCUAUAGCCACCACAAUGAGUAUCAGUCAGAAUUUCCCAGUGGAUGUAUGUUUAGGGUUUUUUUCAUAAUGUACUGGCAUUUUAAAAUUGUUAGCAAGCUUGGCCCAUGAGCUCUUGGUCUGUCCUGAAUGUGUCACUUAAUUAGUGUCAUUGUGUCUGGAGGGCCCGGUCUAUGCUCUGCUUUGUCUGCACACGUUUUUUUUGCUAAGGGGAAGAGAUGCCAGAGUGCUUUUGAGAAGCUCCAUGCACACAGAUGCAAGGAAUACACCUUCAGUAGAAUUUUAUCUUGCCAUAUCCAAAGGGAGAGUGAAAAAACAAGAGGGCCUUUCCCUGUAACAAGUUGCUGUAUUUGAUCCUCCCCAUUGCACUUCCCACUUGUGUGUAAUGCAGUGUAGGAGGGAACAGAGAAAAGGACGAUGUCCAUGCUGUCAUUUUGGUUGAGGGAGAAUAUUAAUCCUGAAGUUCUUGUUUGGGUCCAUGUUGUCUCACAGCUGACAGCCUCUGCUUUAUCUGGGCAAGCUGUGGACGGCCAGUUCAGCAUAUGCAGCUUCAUGACAACUCUAUUAGCCUCCUCCCGGACCAUAAAACGCCUGUGCAGCCUCCCAUUAAAACCAGGGGUUUGCCAGUUUUCCAUAUUCCUCAUAGUACAGCUCUGUGUUGCAUUUAGAUGGCACCCAAGUGCUUUUCUUACUGCCUCAUAGGAAAGCUUUUAAACACCAUGGCUGGAGUAAUGGUAAAUGACUAUGGAAGAAGGUGUGAUACGGGGUAUUGUGGUAAGGCUUUACAGAGAGCAAAAGUAAUGGAAAUGGUGCCCAGAUUUUUUGGCGUCAAUAAAAGAGUUUACUUUGGGCAGGGAUUUAUAUUCUCUCAGUUCCUGGUUGCGACUGCCAAGGCAUCUGGAAUGGAGCCAGCCAAACUCAUAAAGUAAUGUGUCCAAAGAAAAAGAAAAUGUGAUGAAACCUUGGCACCUUAAAACUAUUCUUUCUUUUCCUCCUUGAUCUCAUAUAAGCUGAUCUACGAACAAGAAAUGAGGUCUCUCAAUUUGUAUAUAAUACACUGCCUCAACUCUUAGCAGUGUUCCAGUUAGUAAUAGUGCUUUUGGCAUAAUUGGUGAAGUUCCUGCAAGAGAAAAUUAUUAGAAAAUGAUAUGUAAUAUUAAAGAUUGACCUCAACUAAAAUCUGUAUCCAAACUGUAAUUUUUAAAGGUGUUUCAGAAUUUGAGCUCAGAUCCAGGUCCUGGAUUUUAAUUAAGCAGAAUAAUUCCAUAACAAGAUCUCUAUUUUGUAGCUUGAUCACAGCUGUAUUUGCAUUUUUAGAUCCAACUUGCACCUGCUCUAUCAAACGUUCAAGAUCCUAACAAGGUGGACAGAAUGCAGGCCCAUCACGAUAGCUUAAUGGUUUUAGCGGACUUGUAUCAUGAAAGCAGAGAUAAAGCACCAGAUCCUGCAGAGCUGGGAUUUAUCUCUUUAUUGCACAAAUAUCACUAUGCCCAGCUCCAGACCUAAACUUCUGCAGACUUUCUAAUGCUCAAGAGUGGGUUUGUGUUGGUACUAUAAUUGCAGUCAGCUUCAACAACCAAGGCUUGAGACUGGGACACAGCCAUGCAACAGAAGCCGUCAACCAUUGAGUGGUGCUGAGUGUGGUUGGACCUUCCUGAGACCCCACGUUACUAAGCCAUUCCUGAGGUCAGCCCCAGGAUCAGACCUGAUGUCAUCGUCACUUUAGGGUCCUAAGGCUGUCCUCUGCCACCCUGCAGUAGCAGACUGAACCUGAGACUAGAAGUUUUUCUGAGGUUCAGGGUUUGCAGUUGUACUCGGGGUAGUACCAAGCUCCUGCCCUCCAGCAUGAUCCUGCAAGGUUUUAAGAAAGGAUAUUGUUUCUUUGAUUGUUCCUUGGUUUUGUUUGUUUGUUUGCUUUUCUGUGAAGCAUUGAGAGGGAUAGAACAGUGUUAUGGGAGUGGAGCCUGGCCCAGUCUUUGAAGUUUUGUAUGAGAUCUAAGUCAAUUGUUCUUGGCACUAUGGAAAGGAUCUUCUUAAACAGACUAUCACAUCAUUUGCAGCUUUGCAAGGAUCAUUUCCAAGAUCUAAAAAAAGAUUCAAUUUCCACGGGACUAUGGAUGUUUAAACAUCCCCUUUAGGGCCGUCCCCUUUAGGCCACCCCUAAACUUGCAGAUGGACUCAGUCUCAAUCAUGAUAUUGUGCCACAAGCGUUUGCUGCUUGUGGGCUUCUACCAGUGGGAGACAGGAGAGGUGGCUUAAUUUCACUUAUUUUUUGCAUGUAGUCAGUAGGUUUGUGCAGCUUCUUUUAAGUGCAGGAGCACAGACUCAGUGUGAAAUGGUUGGGCUGGCAAAGAGGUGGAUCCCCUGAUGGAAAAGAGGGACGUGGUUAACGUUAGUCUGUGUGGGAGCUGCCUUAUUGAAGAGAGGGUAAGCAAAAAUGAGUGUGCUAUCUCACCUUAUAAGCCACAUUCCUCUGGACUGCCCAUCCUAUGCUAUCACUGCAGAAAGACCGAAGCACUUCUUGUUUUCACCUUUAGAGCUUCAGGGGAACUUAGGUCUGCGUCAGAGGGCAUUCAUAAAGCCCUUCAAUAUUUUCCCUCACCUGGAGUCCAAAAGGUGCAAUCAAAGUCUAUUUUCUUUCCUAAUGAAUCCUGAAAUGCCUGUAGUGGUGAAUAUUGUGUUAAAUUUAUAUAUAUAUAUAUAAAAGAACAUUUUAUAUAAAUAUAUUAAAAAGGAAAUGUAAUUAAAAUGAAGGAAUUGUCUAAAUUGAAUCCUGCAUAUCUGUGAAACUUGGGCUGAUGCAUGGAACUGUUUUAUGUUGCAACUUUUCUAGCCCUGAAAUUGUGAGAUCAACUGGCUGUCUGCCCACAGAGAAGCUAAUUAGUUCUGACUGUUUUGUGGUGGGCAGAACGUCUGAAUCGGCCUUCCUGAGCAGGAUCGUGUCCUGGGGGAGGAAGGAUGACAUCAGGGGAGACCAGAGUGCAAAGACUGACUUGGCUUCCUACCACAAGCUUCUCCCCAGUCCCUGGAAACACAAGCAAUCUGCUGGAACACAUAGUCCCUUUUGGGCAUGCCCAGGUUUUGCAGUUGUCUCUCUUGCUUCUCUCCAUCUCUAGAAAAUAACCUCUAGGGCUGGGGGAGAAGCUGUAGCUGAUCCCAGUUCAGUUUAGCUUUUGCUUGCUCCUAAUCAAUCUAAAGGCUUGGUGUUAACUACUUGUGCUCCAAGCAAGGAAUGGAAAGCUUGCCACUAAGUUCAACUGGAGAUGGAGCAGGACUUUCACAGGCCUGGAAAAGAAGGACGGCAGGAAGCAACUGCUUCCUGAGGGCUCCAUGCAGCAGCUCAGACCUCAGAUACUGUUCUUGCAGACACUGGUCUCCUUCAAAACACUAUUUGCUGCCACAUCAAGGGAAGGGUUGGAAAUCAGACACUGUGAAAAGGACUGUCCCCAUCCCGCUGGCUCUGGUUUUUGAUUAUUUCUCCUGCUAGCCCUGAUGGAUUGUAUUUUUUUAAGCUUUGUUCUCUGUGUGGACUUGCCUGUCUUUGUGCCUUAUUGCUUAAAAAAAGAAAGAAAAAAAGAAAAAAAGAAAAACAACAUAAAAAAAAAGAUGUUUUGCCAGGUCUCAGCCAUGAGAUUAAACUGGAGUUUUUAUAAAAACA